GGGUGGAAAUAAGUUCGGGGCUCUUUUGUGUUAUCCAGCACACUAAAGCCCUCACUGCAUGUUUCAGACCACUUAAGGAAACAGUGUCAGUGUCAGUGAUGUUUUACCACAACAGCACAUUCGAUGAUUAUGAGACUGAAAACCUGUACAACUACAGCAAUGAGGCAGAAAACUCCAGCGCAGUGUAUCCCAGCAACAGGUCUAUGGAUUAUAACUCACAGGCCAUUCCUCUGAUCAGUAGCAGCUACCUCAUUAUCAGUUCGUGUGGUGGUCUUCCUCUCUUUGGCUGGGCAGUCUAUAGUCUCCAUCUUCACUGGAGGUGCAACAGACGACUCUCGACCUUCGUCAUCUUCCUCCUCCUCAUUGACGCUCUGCAGCUACCUCUGAGUCCUGCUUUAGUAGUCGGUGCUCUAAGAAAAGACUUGUGCUUGGGAGAUGUCUUCAGAUGCGACCUAGUUUGGUAUCUCUGGCUGGGUUUGAGUAUCUGCGGUCUGAAUCUCCACCAGUUGGUGGCGCUAGAGGGGAUUCUGUCUCGCAGAGACCUGCAGUGCUCUGCUCCGUUGGUCUCUCUGCCUUCCUCUUUGCUGAUCUGUUUGACUGAGUUGGCUCUUCUCGUGUGCGUGGUCACGCUGAAAAUGAUACACUCAAGUACACUGGACUAUUUCAUUGGUUUGGUGGAAUUCACAUGGUGCCUAGCUGCAUUUGUGAUGUCUUUGGUUGUGUGUGUGUUUUUUUGUCAGUCAUCAUAUCCAUUGAAUCACACACAUUCCCGUGACAAGACAGCAGAGCGAGUGAUGCUAGCAAUAGCUGCAACGACCAGCUUUGUUUUGUACAGUCUUUCUAUCCCGGCCCUGGGGAAUGUAUAUUUAAAUUCAAUUGAGGACAAUAUUUAUAUGAUACUUUACAGUAUAUCUAUCUCACUUAGUAGUUUCCGACUGAUAGCGGACCCUCUCCUUUGUGUUCUAGCCUGUAGGAAGCCUCCAGAAAAAAAGGCAGGAGAACAACGUCUAAUUGACCUGAGGCUUGUGUAAAUCUGCGUCAUCUCAGCAUUGACUUGAGGGUUCUUCAUAUUAGCUAUCAAGUACUUGGAUUUAAGGAUAACAAUUUGAUGGAUAAAGUUCAAAAUAAUUUUCAUCCUACAUUGUUUUUUUCUUAUGGAUACUGAUAUCUUAAAAUAGCAUUGAUGCUUUUUCCACACAUUUGGUAAAAAGCUUAAUUGUUUAGAUUGUGGUGCUCAAAGUGGCCAAGGUUACUGUUGACCUCUCCUUUUCUGAUCACUUCCCACUAAGUGGGUAAUAGUUUAAAUAAUUUUAUAUGAAUUUGAAGGCAUAACUACAAACAAUUAUUUAAAGCUGAGUACGGUUUGGGAAAAAAAAUGAGAUGCCACUAUGCGGCAGCAGUUCUGCUGGUGAUAAGUUAUCAAUAAAUUGACACCGAGUUUCUAUACAUCAUUUGCUUGGUCAUGCUGGGUCUGCAGGGUUUUUCAUUA